AUGGCGAAGCCGAAACUGCCAACGAUGAAACGCAGGCUGAAGCAGUUUGCCGUGCUGCUGAUUCUCUUCAUUGUGGCCACGACUGUUCUGACCCUCAGGUUCGACACCGCCGCCGAUGAUGGCGCAGCGGGACCCAACAACCCCCGCCACUCACGAGCCGACGCAGCGGAAGACGCAGCACUUGCUUACAUCCCACGCAGUGUUGUGGACACGUGGAGCCGGCGGGAGUAUCUGGUUUUGCUGGGCAUUCCCUCCACGGACGUUGAAGAGAGGCGAACACGACGCAACCUGCAGCGAACGACGUGCUGGCGGUUCCCCGGGGUGGCGACGAGGGCGAACGACUUCACCGGAGCUAUGCUCGUGCUGUACGUCCUUGGGCGGCACCCGUCGCACGGCUACGACUACUCUGCCGCGAUGCUGGAGGAGGUGGCGCAGUGGCACGACGUGGUUGCGCUGCCAAUGAAUGAGGGCCGUGUGACGAGGAACAAAACAAUUGGUUCCUACGGCUCUUGGGGUGCGGAAGCGGAUGUCGGUAUGACCCGCAAGACGUACAUGUGGUUUGACCUUGCGGUCCGCCUGUUCCCUUCCGCGCGUUACAUUACAAAGGGUGAUGAUGAUAUAUUCCUCCGUGUGCCGCUAUUCGUUGGUAACCUGCGCCUUCUGCCGCGCCGAGGGGUCUACAUGGGGGUCCAUAUUGGUUUUACUUCUAAUCCGAAGACAGGUAUGCCAGGUUACACGUUUAUGGUUGGCUGGUGCUACACCUUGUCGAGGGAUGUUGCGGAGACGUUGGUGUCGUACAAGCCGUUGCGGCGCCUGGCGUACCUGCCGUACAGCAAGGAACGUGAUUACGAGUUUGCACUGCUCCGGUUUCAUGGGGAAGAUGUCAUGGUCGGGUAUUUUCUUGAGAGGGUGGUGAAAUACAAGCCGUUGGUAUACGUCAAGGUGCUGCCCUGUCACUUCCUUGACGCCCGCAAUGAGACGGGACACUCGCAGGUGGUGCCGAGCAUGAUGUGCGCCCAUCACGUACGGGAGGAGGACUACGCCGCUCUCAUGGCGCGCUUCGGUAACGACACAUCGCCUGUUGCCCGUGUGGAACGGAUCUCGGAGGACACGAUAUACCCUAUUUGCGAUUGA